AUGCCAUUUCUCUGCAAAUAUUGGUCACUAGAAGACAUUUUGAUUAAUUCAUUAACUCCACAUAAUGAUCCGAUACUCACCUACUCAAAUGUUCCUACUACUUCUGCUGCUGCUGCUAACGAUGAUACUGCUCGUGCUAUCGGUGGUGGUGCUACUGGAAUUGGUACUACUGAUUGUGGUGUUAUCGAUGAUGAUACUAUUAGAGAUUGUGUCAUUACUGAUUGUACUAUUGGUAAAAUGGUGCUAUUGAUGGUACUGUUGGCGGUGGUGCUAUUGGUGGCGGCUGAAAUUCGAACCAGUAGCAGUCAAGAAUCGGCAUCAAAUUUGAAACGACGAUCUAAAUUUGAGCAAAUCCCAUUACGAACUGAACCACCAAAAAGUCGCAAAGAAUUACGUAAGGAACGACAGGCACAUGAAAAAACUGAUACGAAGUGA